AAUAUUGGUGUUAGUGAAUAUAAUAUGGCUACGGAAACUAAGUUGGAUAUAAUUUCGGAGUCUCCGAAGCGGUCGCCGAAGCUAGUGAGUCCGUUGGACCAUGAGGCCGUGGAGAUGGUUUUUGGGAAGCCGACAUCGCCGAAAGUAGAACCGGAGGUGCAUGCUAAGGGUGAAAAAGAUAAGGAUCCACACAUGACGCAGAAGGACAAGGACUCGGAGCCUUCGCAGCCCCUGCUGGAGCCACAUCGAGAGAAGCAGCAACCGCCGCUAGCUGGUCCCGAGGUGGAUGACCUGGACGAGACCCCAGCAGCCGCCGCACCGUACCCCGGCAUUGAUGACGGGCUACUGGAACCCAGCGACAAGAAGCCAGAUCUUGAUGCAGACAGCGAGGAGUCUCACAAGGAGCCGCCGGACUCCGAGCACGACGAGGGUAAAUGGCUGUGGCCGUCCGGGGACGACGUGCCCGACUAUCCUGAUGGCGUUCACGGUUUCAGCAACGGUCUGGACACGCGGUUUGGCGUUGACCGUCCCGGGUCUCCAUUUCCACCAGGGUCGAUACCUGACGUGAACACCUACCAGCAGAAGAAGAAUUUGGCCCAAGGCAUGAUGGACUUGGCUCUCCUGUCAGCCAACGCGAACCAGCUACGAUACGUCCUCGAGUCUUCCACCUCGCACCCAUACUUCUACCCGAGCCUGGCGUUUAUAUCCAUCAGCAUCCUACUGCAGAUAGCAGUAGGCGUGGGGCUGAUAAUGAACAGCCGUUACGACGUGAACGACAAGAAGGACAUCUGCAAGGCGGACAAGAUCAACAACAUGACGGUGCUGGGCGUGUUCCUCGUGACCAUCGUGAACGUGUUCAUUACGUCGUUCAGCGUGGCCACGCCGCAGGUCACCACGGCGAUCAAUGGCGGUUAAACGUUUAGGGGCGGU